UAGUUUAGUUUAGAGAGAGUAGUGGGGGUUGUUUUUGGAAUGCUGUAGUGCAGUUUCUUUGCCUGUAUCAAAGGAAUACUGGUGUGAAUGUAAAUGGUCAGUAUUUGUCCAUUGUUCUUUUACCUUUCCCCUGUUGGGCUACAAGAUCUUGCAUGUCAAAAUCAAAUUAGAGAGAAGGUGAUUCUUAUAGUGUGCAGGCAAAGCAUUGCUCAGCACUUAAGAAUGACUACCCAACUCAGUCCAGUGAGAUCCUAAUCACUGGAGCCCCAUUAACAAGUGUUUUAAUGGCACUCUGUUCACCCGGCACAGCUAAACUCAUCCAUCGUGAUUUACAGUGUCUUCCCUAGACUGGGCUCAUGUUGUCGCCUUAUGCCAGUGAGUAGGUAUAUGGUCCAGUGAAGUCGCUGCGUACUUGCUGUGAACCCAGUGAGCCUUGGGAGUCCUUCAGUGACAUUCUUAUACACCCUCAGCUAUUCCUCAGUCAACUGGGCUGACGUGCGAGUGGUUGAUCCUCACAAAGAAGCUGCCUACGUGUCUGACAGCACCCAGCCUGUAAUAAAUGGUCGCUUAUAAGUACCUGCCAACAUGUCGCUGAGACAUAAAGAGUCUUUGAAAGCCCUGUUCUGUCUGACAAACUUGUUGAGGGGGUGAGCGAUGCCACGGCCCUGAUGUGAAACUGUAGCAUAACAGGACUGCAACUUCACUGAAUCCCCAAGGACGUACCUUCAUAGCCACGAGGCCGUCUGUGAUGUAAGGUAUCGUGACAGCCGCUGUUGUCCUUGCACUAGGUGGCGCCCUACAGCCCUAUGGCUGUGGCUUGAGUAGAUCGGGCCAGAGUUACCUUGCAUGAAGCACUUUUCUCUGUCUUUCUGGAGCUGUUAUCCGAAUGUGAUUGGUAUAGAGAGUAAUCAUGCUUUUUGCUUCUUUAAAAACCAGCUGGUGUUUCCCUCUGGGUCACUGGUAACUUGGUCGGACAGGGACUGCUUAGACAAUAUGAACAUUUGCAGUGAAUGGGCAAUGGAAAUGUUUCUGCCUGUGCUGGUUCUGCAGCUAUUGCAGCCUCAUCGUCUGUCUGUCCCUGCACAGAGGACCCUGAUACUCCUUCAGCAUAGCGACGGCCGCUUGUGACCUGAUGGAGCGUCUUGGACCGACUGCCGUGUGUCCCUCAUACACCCUAUAUCCUCAUGACCGUGACCUUGUCUAUCCUCCUCCUCAUCCUUCCCUCCCUGCUUCCUGCUUCAUUUUCUGUGAUCCUCUCUAUUCUUUGACUUAGCAGUCCUUCUCCCCUUCCCAUCGUCCCUUGGGUGUGAGGUUGUUUCCUGAGGAGCUUAGGCAAGCAGCAGUUAGCCUACUGCUUUGAACCUGGCAAUCCAGAGAUGGGAUGCCUGUUUGCAUAGAAAGGAUAUGAGUGAUGCUGCUCUCGGCUAGGAGGGGUCACCGGUUUGGCCGAAUGCUAUCCUGGGGCUGAGCAUGUGCAAUAUCUCUGAAAUCAGCACAGUGCUGACUCGGAUCACUCUGAGCGUUACCCGAGGCCGGCAGCAGCCCCCUGGUGACGCCCCUUAAAAUGUCCCAGGGGAGCGACAUACUCCAGGAAUAGUAUCACAGCUUUGGUUUUUGCAGGAAGGUCCUGGCAGCCAGCUGGUAGUAUGAGCUGGCUGGGAUCUCACUUCAUCGCCGCCGUUUGAGGGAGCUGGAGAUGUUUGCGUCAUCACCGAGGAGUUAGUGGGGGCAGGUCAGCCAGCCCACUGGGACUCCUGCUAAUCUUUACCUCAGACGGAGAAGCUAAGAAGCGCUUUUAGCUUCUGGGGGGAGGCUUUGCAGCACCGGCUAAGGUGCGUCAGGGCUGCAUCCUGCAAAGAGAGAACACCACAGCAGCACGGCAGUGACAUCAUGAGAGCGACAGCCAGCAUGUUUGAGAAGGAGGUGCAUCCCCUUGUUUCUGGACAGCAACCAGCCUGGAUUGGCCACUGUGCGCCUGUGUUGGACAUGUGUCUGUAUAUCAGGCAGGCAUUUUGCCGAGAGCUCAUUUCUGCACCAUCCUCUGUAACUCUCUGUGCCAAUCAGCAAGGCAAUAAUGGGGAAAAUGAUGCGCUCACACUGGGAGGAAAACGAUGGACUGGCUUUCACUUCAAAGGCACAGUAUUGGCGUUUCCAUGGAGACCAAAGCGCUUCCCCUGCUCUCUGCUACUCCUCUCAUGCGAUGUUUUGAUUGAUAUGCUCCCUUCCUGUAGCUGACGCUCCUGUUUAUUCCAACAGGAAGGGACAAGGAAUUAAUCUGAACUCAAAAUGUUAAUUAGUGUUAAACAACCUCUGUAUCUAUCCAUUCAUCAGUUAAGGGAUUUUGAUCAAGACAUUGGAGCUUGUCUUACAUGUGGUUUUGGAAUUAUAAUAUGGAAAACAAAAUCUUAAUUAUACAGUUGUUGCUUCCCACAGCGCCUGCACGAAGCACUUCCCACUGCAGAGGCUUUUCAGUGGGGUCGUCCCUCACGGUUAAUUUUUCCAGUGGAGGGGGUUGAUCGAAAAGGGCCACUCCACACCUUAAAAGGAAACACUUUUGAUUGUUUGACCAAAAGUGGCAGGUGCUCAAGUGUCCCCAGCCUGCGUCAGAGACGGUCUGACUUUGACUCCUCUGGAAGCCAGCCAGUACCUUAUAAAGUAUCACAGAGUAUCAUAGAGUACCUCGGCUCCCAGCAGGCUUAUUGGGAGGCCGCCUCCCUCACGGCUGGCCAAGAGCCAGCAAGAAGCCAUCCUUCUGCAUAGGCAUCCUAGGGAGUGAUCCGCGCCCAAUCAUUUCCCCCUGGGUUUAUUUUCACAUGCGGGAGGGCACUUUCUUGGGGGAGAACUGCCAGCCUGGUCCAGGUGGGAUGUGCUGACAGAGAAGUAAAGUUUGAUCCUCCUGUUUUGUCCCUGGGUGAAUAAUACCAGGGUCACUAUGACGAAACCGACCAUGUGGUUCUGCUUUGGUUCCAGCCAAACUGGUUUUGUCUUAACGAGAUGUGGGGUACUGUUUGGUGGUGGCCCUGGGGUACCUCAGCAUAUGCCAGAUCACCCGGGUCUAUGUCUUUGACUACGGCAUGUACUCUGCAGACUUCACGGGACCCAUGAUGGUCAUCACCCAGAAGAUCACUAGUCUGGCAUUUGAGAUCCACGACGGAAUGGCCAGGAAAGAGGAGCAGCUCUCCCCCAGUCAGAAAAUUCUCGCCGUAAGGCGGAUGCCCAGUCUCCUGGAGUAUCUCAGCUACAACUGUAACUUCAUGGGCAUCCUAGCAGGUCCCACGUGUUCCUACAACGACUACAUCGCCUUCAUCGAGGGCAGGUCCUACCACGCCAAGCACCUGCAGAACAAUGGCAAGGUGAACGGGACGCACAAGCAGAGCGACCCAUCGCCUAAGGUGGACGUGAUCCAGAAGCUGUGUGUCUGCAUGCUCUCGUUGCUGGUCUUCCUGUCCGUUUGCAAAGUGUUCCCCGUGGAGCGCAACAUCGAUGACGACUUCGUCGCCACCACACCCUUCUAUGGCCAGGUGAUCUACCUGUACCUGUCCAUGCUGACCACUCGGCCAAAGUACUACUUUGUGUGGACACUGGCCGACGCCAUCAACAACGCUGCUGGAUUUGGCUUCAAUGGCUACAACAAGGAUGGUUCACCCAGAUGGGACCUCAUAUCGAACCUGAGAAUUAUGGACAUAGAGUUUGCCACCAGCUUCAAGAUGUUCCUUGACAACUGGAACAUCCAGACUGCCCUGUGGCUCAAAAGGGUCUGCUACGAGCGCUGUCCCUUCAAGCCCACCGCAGCCACCUUCCUGCUCUCGGCAAUGUGGCACGGCGCCUACCCAGGGUAUUACCUCACUUUCGUCACAGGGAUUCUCGUCACGCUGGCGGCGAGAGCGGUGAGACACAACGUCAGGCCCUACUUCCUGGGCUCUGCGACGCAUAAGCUGGUGUAUGAUGUGAUCACGUGGGCGGGGACUCAGAUCGCCAUAUGCUACACAGUGGUACCAUUUGUGCUGCUUUCGGUGGCUCCAUCACUGAAUUUUUACAGGUCGUGGUACUUCAUUGGUCAUAUCAGCUGCUUGCUGCUGGUGGUGGCUCUGCCCGUGAAGCCAAGGCACCUGCGGACAAAUAAUGCACCCAGCAAUGACCCCGCCCAGCUGCCCCCUUCCACCGCGGAUGACAGCAGCCAAGAGAAGACUUCAUGAGGGACUGUGAGCAAGAACCCGGCCUGCUAAGCUGGGGAAUUCUCCAACACUGAGACCACUGCAGAGAUUUGUUCUUUUCUCUACUUUUUUUAAUGAAAGACCAUCAGAAAAAUGGACAAACAAAUGGGUACGAUGGAUGGGGUGGUGGGGGUUCAUAUUUUGGGUUGAAGAUAGCGCAGCUGACCCUGAGCAUGAGAGCUCUCUGGACCAAACGGCAACUACUGACAGCGAAGCGUGGUGGGGGGAUCACAUGACUCGACUCGUAGUGUCUGAUUGGCUCCACCAGCACGUUGUGUGCAAAACGGCUGCUCUGGUGCCUUAAACCUUCAGUCUGCCCAACAGCUUCAUGUGCAUCUCCCUGGGAAGGGAGUAGCACCAUAUCAAAGCUGUGCAUUUUCUCAUUCUGGCAUCAGGCAACAGAGGAGAGCAGCGAAAACAAAAAAGAUUUUAGUGUUUAUGGGGUUUUGGUCCUUGUUAAAACACACCAACUUCUCCCAAAAUGAAAUGCAUACAGAAUUCCUGUUAACGUGGUUAUAACACCAGGAGAAGAGGGGUGAUUGUCAGUUGCCAAUCUCCUUGAAUUUAUUUGCUCUUGCUAUUGUUUGAUUGGUCUCUUUUUUUUUCCUUUCUUUUCGUAAAAUGAGAGACUCUGCCAUCUUUCAUAUUAUAGAGACAGCCUAAAUCUCCUGACAGUAAUGAUAGGAAAGAGUUUCUGUUCUGGUUAAUCAAAUCACCUAAUUCAGUUUUGAGGCUCCCUUAUUUGUGCAUCUACUACAUGCAGAGCCAGCCUAAGGCAUAAGUGACCUUAGCAGCCCUUUGGGGCCCCAACAAAAACAGGGGCCCCGCUUUGGGGGAAAUGAAAUGAUCUACUCCUCCCCCAGCAAAUUUCAUCAGCAACACAUUUCCCAUCACCA